GAGUGCUUGUCAAGCAAAAAAACCUUAUGCUAUUUCCACAUACAUUCCAACUUAGUGGAGCCAAGAUUUGCUCAAGACUAUUCAAUAAAUGGACCAAAAAUAUCAUUAUUACGCAAACGUGUUUAUUAAGUCAAGCAGCCAGAAGACCAGAUUAUAUAUCAUGACCAAGGAAAUUACUUACUUGCAAGAAACCUUAUACUUGAUCUUCAUCUACACUCCUUAACUGCACAAAUUUUUUUUUUAGUUCUCUCAUUUUCUUACAACAUGAAAUGCAAUUUAACUAUGCAUCAUCCAAUUCCCAUUCAAUUAAAUUAGCAAAACUUUCCUCUAUGAAAACAUUUCAAAUUAGUCCACAUUCUAUAAUUUUCUAUAAAUGAACCUCAAUUCAUUGUCUUGUCUCACCAAAAUUGCCUUCUGGGCAUUUCCAUUAUCUUCAUUUCUCUCCAUCACCCACCAUUAAAAAUGGGAAAUUUUUCGAAAACUGCAUACUGUGCUCUUCUUCUUCUUCUCGUGCUACCUUUUCUCAGGGUGACUGCAGGCCGGUCUCUACGAUACAGCUCUACUCAAUUGGUUUCAGAUGGUGUUGAUGAUGUUCGAGAAACACAACCACCUUCCUCCAUACUACGUCGCAAAGGAAUUGAUUCUGCCGAAGAAUGUGAGCAAAUGUAUGGUUUUUUGCCAUGCUCAAACAGUAUGAUAGGCCAUCUCUUCCUAAUUGUGGUGUAUGAGUUCCUGCUGUUUCAUGGAGAGUCCUACGUCGCCUCUGGGGGCGAAAGGAUAUUCAAGAUUCUUGGUCCCGGUGUCUUUGGUGCUAGUGCAUUCCAUGUCCUCGGCGCCCUCCCAGAGUCCUUGAUACUUCUCGCAUCUGGACUAUUGAACAAUAAAGAGACUGCCCAAGAGUUUGUCUUAACCGGGGUCGGUUUGCUGGCCGGAUCAACAAUAUUUCUUCUCACAGUACUUUGGGGGACCUGCCUUAUUGUUGGCAGUCAAGACUUCCCUAAUACUUCUGGGCCUUAUACUUUAGUUGGUUCAAAUCCCACACAAAACUCCUUUCAGAAAUUGUUAUCAUCAUUGACUGGUUAUGGUAUAAGUACAGAUUCGGAGACUACUUACAUGGCAAGGAUAAUGGUUUUGUCAGUGAUACCAUUUAUAAUCAUCCAGAUCCCACUAGUCUUCGGUUUAUCUUCUUCUGCUGAACGCGUCGUGAUUAUUACCUCUCUUGUUGUCUCUGUUGUGUUCUUGCUAUUGUACUUCUUCUAUCAGUUUUUCCAACCUUGGAUCCAAAAGCGAAGAUUAGAAUAUGUUAAGCACGAGCAUUUCGUACUAGACAUACUAAAACAUUUGCAGAAACGAACAAUACAAAAGCUCAUCACUGAUAAUGGCUCGCCAAAUGUAUCUGCAAUAAGAAGGCUAUUUGAGGAAAUUGAUCAAGAUGACGAUGAUCUUAUAUCGUUUGCUGAACUAAAAGAACUUCUCCUCGAAAUCAGAUUUAGAAAAUCAGAUUUGGACAAGGAUAAAGCAAUAGAAAAGGUGAUGGAAGAGUUCGAUCUUGAUGGUGACAAGAAAAUUACCGAGGAUGAGUUUGUUACUGGAUUCACAAAAUGGCUUGACGAAACAAAGCAUGCAUUGGACAAAAGGUUUCUCUCGCGAAAAUCAUUGCAAGAUGUAUAUCAGAUUUUCCAACCUUGGAUUCAAAAGAAAAGGAAAGAACACGAAAUGAAGAAGACCCUAAUAGCAGGAAUUCUUGCUCAUGUCCAAAGCUAUGCACUUGGGAGCCUCUUCACAGAAGAUGGAACACCGGAUAUACCUGCUAUAAAAAGAUUGUUUGUGACCUUUGAUCGCGAUGGAGAUAACUCCAUAUCUCAACCUGAAUUAAAGGAAUUGAUUGCGGAUAUCAAGUUUGGUAAGGUAUCUUUGGAUGCAGAUGAAGCAGUUGCAAAAAUAAUGGAAGAACUUGAUGUAAAUCAAGAUCAAAUGAUUAAUGAGGAAGAAUUUGUAAAUGGCUUUUCAAAAUGGCUUAGUUCAUCUAACAUUCAUACUCCUAAAUCAGCGGAGUCUGAAGAUGAUAUCUAUCAAAGAACAUGGGAAGAAACCGACAUGUUGAUGGACGAGAGAAGUGUAGACAAGUCUCCAUGGGCAUGGAUAAAGGCUAUAAUGCUUUUGGUGGUUGGAAUUGUUAUAUUAGCAGUUCUCGCGGAACCUCUUAUAGAAAGUGUUGAGAAUUUCUCCAAUGCAGCAAGUUUACCAUCUUUCUUCAUCUCAUUCAUCCUAGUCCCGUUGGCUACUAAUGCUAGAGUUGCAACUUCAGCGAUCAAAGCUUCAAGCCGUAAGAAGCCAAGAACUACCUCUUUAACAUUUUCUGAGAUCUAUGGUGGAGUGUUCAUGAACAACAUUCUUGGAUUUUCUGUUCUUUUGUCCAUAAUUUAUUUUCGCGGAUUGUCAUGGGAUUUCUCAGCUGAGUUACUGGUUGUGCUAAUAGUAUCUGCUACAAUGGGUCUUGCUUCAAGUUUUAUCUCCAGCUUCCCUCUUUGCACGUCGGUCGGGGCAUACCUGCUAUACCCAUUGUCUUUGCUCCUGGUUUACCUUUUAUGAUAGUUUUCUGGUGGCAUUACAAAUGAUGUUUUACAAGUUGUGUUAUGUUGUGUUCUUUGAUUUGUUAUAUUUGAUGGAAGGCAUUCUUUUGGCAAUUUAUAUAGUUGGUUGUUAUGUAUAUGUUUUACACUUUUGCUCUGUAAUCUGUAUAUAACAAACAUCCCACUCUUCAAA